GCACGCACAGAAAACAUCAGCGAGUUUCGUUGGUUUUUCAUUUUCGAUUAUUCAACUCCCAGCUGGCCACUAUGAGCCUUCCAUCUCCUUCCCCAGACCCGGCGUCGUCAGGACAGCUUCCGACGCAGCAGACGCUCGCAGACCGCAUUCGGCAGAACCAAGAGGAGCAGCGGCGGUGUGUCGGUGCACGUCGCCACGUUGGCCUGACGGUGCCCACCGAGGCGGAGGUGGCCGCCAUUCUGUCGGCACGCACCACCGCUGCCACGCGCGACCACCAAGACGAAUUGGAGGACGAUGUCGAGCGGACCGGCGUCACGGCGCUGCGCUGCUACGACGUCUCGCUCGAUGAAGCCGCCGAUGAUGUCUUUCAGGCACCGCCUCACCUGAGCGACGUGCAGGUGCGUCAAGACUUGGCGCGCCCUCUGAACAAGCUGAUGGCUAUCUUUGCGCUGCGCCUGCGAUUGGCGAGUGUGUUGGAGACGGUGAUGUCAGCUCGGGACGGCAAGCAGGCACGGCUGGGCAACACCAAAAGUGACGAACUCCGAGAAGGAGAGGGGAGUCACUUCCCGCUCCCGUCAGCCUCCGCGCUUCCGCAACUCAGCACCCUCCUACGCGAGCUGCCACUGCCCGAUAUCGUGUCCCACACGCUUUGCAGCUACGAUGCGGGGGAGCACGCCUCCGCCCAGCUGUUCGACGUGCCUCGUAGCCGUCCGCUCCACGAGCCCUUUGUGUUUCGCCUGCGUCACUUCACAACGGUAGGGAUGCCGUCCUUUGCGCUGGACAUCGCCGCACAGGCGGACAAGGAAACAAAAGGCGGCACGGUGGACUCGUUAUCUUUGGGGGCGGCGCAGGUGCCCGCGAUGGACGUGCCGCAGCCGUCGUCGUCGCCGUCUGCCGCGGCUCUGCUUGGGAGCGGUGUAGACGCUGUGAAGAGUGCCGGGGGCCUGACGUCGUCUCUGACGCGCGUUGCUUCGGAGGCACGCAGCGCGCGCCACCCGCGUGAGACACCAGCGGACAACACUGGUGGCGCGGACGCAGAAACAUUUCCGGCUGUUCUGCCCAGCAACGCACGUGCCGGCUGCGCGACAGGCCUUAUGCAUCCGCAAGGUAUGUGA